AUGAAAAAUAAAAUCUAUUGCAAAAAAGAAAAUAAAGAAUUAAAGAUGGAAAAAAAAUUACCAAUGGUAAUUAGAAAAAUAGCACCAAAGUACCCUGAAAAACCAAUAGAGGAUUUUUUAAAACAAAAUGUUUUUUAUUUAAACCAUUAUUAUGAAAAUUGUGGUGGCUUGAAGAAUUAUAAAGAAAUAAUAUUUACUGAAGAACUACUUUCGUUAAAACAAACAGAUGCAGCAAAAGUUUUGAAUAUUACAACGAAAUCUCUUUUAAAAUUAUUAAAACAUGCAAUCAAUGAAACAGAUGGUUUAUCGGAAUACUACAAUAAUAAAAGAAAAAUAAUAUGGCCACGUAGAACUGUAACUUCACCAUUAAUGGUAUAUGUUUAUACAAACAAAGGUAUAUCUGUAAAAUGUGUUUUUAAAAAUGAAAAUAAAAUCUAG